AUGGGUUUUGUUCAAGAUACCCUGGACAUUGGGUCUCAGGUAUGGAACCUGGUUUCCGAACUUUCGCUGCUCCAACAGAUCACGAUCGUGGUAGCCGCGCCUUUCGUUUACUCUCUGCUAUGGCAGUUCCUUUACUCUCUGAAACCAAACAGGGCUCCACUGGUCACUUACUAUAUCCCAUGGGUUGGAUCUGCUGUUCCUUAUGGUAUGCAGCCAUAUGCCUUUUUUGAAAACUGUCAGAAGAAGUACGGUGAUGUUUUCGCGUUCAUGUUGUUGGGAAGAGUUAUGACCGUGUAUCUUGGACCUAAAGGCCACGAGUUUAUUCUUAACGCGAAAUUGAACGAUGUAUCUGCUGAAGAUGCUUACGCUCAUUUGACCACUCCUACCUUCGGUGAAGGAGUCAUUUACGACUGUCCCAACUGGAAGCUCAUGGAACAGAAGAAGUUCUGUAAGGCAGCCUUGACCAGAGAAAACUUCAUUAAGUACAUCCCUAAAAUCAGGGAGGAGGUGUUGAAAUAUUUUUCAACGACUCCAGAGUUUGACGAGGGCUCCGUGGACGUGCCCAAAUCUCAGGCUGAAAUGACUAUUUUCACUGCUUCAAGAGUGCUUCUGGGAGAUGACAUCAGAAGAAAGCUGGACACUGGUUUUGCCCAGCUGUAUUCUGACCUGGACAAGGGAUUUACCCCAAUCAACUUUGUGUUCCCAAACCUGCCUCUGCCCCAUUAUCGUAAGAGAGACGAGGCCCGUGAAACCGUUGCUUCUACUUACAUGUCGUUGAUCAACAAGAGAAGAGACGAGAACGAUAUCCAGGAGAGAGACCUUAUAGAUCACUUGAUGAGAACUUCUACCUACAAGGAUGGAACCAAGAUGACUGACAGAGAGCUUGCCCAUUUGCUGAUUGGUGUUCUGAUGGGAGGUCAGCACACAUCUGCUUCUACAUCUGCCUGGUUUUUGCUCCAUUUGGGUGAGAGACCCGACCUACAACAGGAAUUGGCCGAGGAGAUCGAAAAAGUUCUGCAAGGUCGCGAGCUCGAAUAUGAUGACCUGCAAAACAUGCCUUUGGUCAACAAUAUCAUCAAGGAGACCCUCAGAUUGCACAUGCCUUUGCACUCCAUCAUGAGAAAGGUGACCAACCCAUUGGUUGUUCCAAAUACCAAGUAUGUCGUUCCCAAGGGUCAUUACGUGUUGGUAACUCCAGGAUAUGCCCAUCUCUCAAACACUUACUUCCCAGCUGCUGACCAAUUCGACCCCCACAGAUGGGAAGAUCAGCAGAAGGGGAGCGAGGACAGUGUUGAUUACGGUUUCGGUAAGGUCACCAAGGCCGUUUCCUCGCCAUACUUGCCAUUCGGUGGUGGGAGACACAGAUGCAUCGGUGAACAGUUUGCAUAUGUUCAGCUUGGAACCAUUCUGGUGACGUAUAUCCAGAACUUCACCUGGAAGUGUAAGGUCCCUGAUCCAGAUUUCACCUCGAUGGUGGUGUUGCCAACAGAACCUGCUGACGUGAAAUUUGUUCGCAAGUGA